UAUAAACCAGCCGCGGCCCACAGAAGCCACCAAUCAUUCCCAGGCCUUCCCAGCACACACACACGCCUUCUCCAGUACCUCCGUCAGCCACUUCAUCAAGGCAAAAUGAAGCAGACUAUCGCCUUCCUUGUGCUGUAUCUGGCCGUCGCUGCCUCCGCCCUUCAGAAACAGCCAGUGAACAGCGCCCUAAGUAAGGAGAAUCUGGUGGAGCAGGAGACAAGUGACCCUCGCUUCGCUUUCCUCGACGUAGACGACGACGGAGCGACACUAACCUUCAACUCCACGUCACUUCAAUACGCGGUCGUCAUCGGGGUCGUACUUCUCAUCCUUGGUCUAGUCGUUGUGCCUCUUCUUGGUUUUGAUUUGGCUAAUAUCUUCUCCGCCCGUGACGACUACAACGCCUAUGGUUACGGCUACGACCAAGACAACUACUACUCCUCUUACACUAGUUACGCCAAGAGGUCCCUCAACGUGUUAUCCCCAGUGCUGAAGGCUUUAGCUCAGACCUAUACGAAAUAUGAGUAAAGGCCUAACAAAGUAUAUAAGGCCUACCUGUUAAGACCUCUCCAUUAACCCUUCUUUACCUCUCAUCAUCCCUUUCCUUCACUCAUUACGUCCUUUCGUUUGUUUUCCUAUCUCAUUCAUUUAUCAUCUUUCGUCUCUCCUUGUUACCAUUUAGUCUAUUUUUCAUUCUACUUCCUGUUUAAUAUUAUUCUCUUAUUUCCUUUCUUUCUUCUCAGUCUCUCCUUGUUUUCCUCUUCUUCUUAUUUAAUUCCUUUGUUCUCUUUCGUCUAUUGAAAUACUCAUUUUAAGAUUUACAUUUUUAUCUCAUCUCUAUUUCCUUUCUCUAAUCUUUUCUCAUAUUUCCCUUCUUUCUUCUCACUGACCUUGCUUUCCUCUCUUGUCUCAUGUAAUUUCUUUGUUCUCCGUCUAUUAAAACACUCAUUUUAAGGUUUACAUUUCAUCUCUUAGUCUUUCCCUUUCUUUUUCUUUAUCGUGUUUCCUUUUCAUCUUUUUUUUUCUAUUACUUAUCUAUAUCUCUAUCAUUUCUUGUUCUCUAAUCUUUAUUCCUUUCCCUUUUUUUUUCUUUGUUCUGUCAUAUUUCCUGUCUUAAUUCACCUCUCGUUAGUCCAUCUCACUUUUUUUCCUUCCUGUCAUCCUUUCCACUUCAACAAUCGACUCAAGAGACAAAGCGAGACGUGACACAAGUAUGAAACUAUUCGACUCACUAACUUGACUUACUGACUGACUGGCUGCCUGGCUAAAUGAAGAAUAAAGGUGAGAUUAAUAACAGACUUGACUGACUGACUGAUUGAUUGACUGACUGAAGAGUGAGUUAGUGAGGAGCAAAGAACAUGAAGUAGUCAGAAGAGGAAAAACGUGAGGGAAAGUUAGAAAAGGAAGAAAGAAGAAAGAAGAAAGGAUUUAGAAUGACAUACGAGUAACUGCUUCAUUCCUUCCUUUGUUUUCUUUGCCACUCACGCCACCGGAACACUGCUGCCACUCACCGCCAUCUAUCGGAAGGAUUCACAAACUCGACCACGACAAGAGACUCGACUAAUAAUGGACGUCUCAAAAUGCUCUCCUGUGAUUGGUUCCCGAGCCACGCCUGACGACCUAUGGGAGAUGAGAACGGUGAAGCUCAACUGACUGCAAUACCUCACAAACAACAGCCUCGUUAGGACCAACACGUCUGCGGCUGCUUGCUUGAUUGCCCGUUCCUUCUUUACGUUCUUCUCUGUAUGUAUAUUAAUUUAUUGUUAUUUAUCCUGAUGUAUGCUUUUGUUAUUUAUUAUUGUGUUUUCAGCGGAUCAUUUUCGUGAUGAGAGCGCCACUUGUUAAUACUUACAUUGUUCCUCAGUAGUGACUAGUCCCUUUAUACUUGUCUCGGUGGGAAUAAAAUGAUAUCGUGACCA